AUGACUCAAAUACAAAUCGAAGAAGUUUAUCCAAAAUCUGGCGUGUAUCCUAUGGUUAUGAAUUUCCAAAAUGGUUACAUUACGGAAAAAUUCACGUCGCAAGACUGUACUAUUUUCAAUAAUUCCAAAACGAAUUCUAAAACAUUAGUUACGGAGGUAGAUGGUGUGCUAUAUGCUGGAGAUGAAGAGACAGAAGAAUUGGGCAAAACGUACAUUUUAACUCGUAACAAAAUUACUGGGAAAGUGCGAAUAAUUGAGAGUGGUGUAGUUAAUGUUAAACCAAUGUUAAACUUAAAAGAAGAGUUAAGUACAGCCCCAUUACUUGAAACGAGUACUUUAGAACUCAGCAGAAAGUUUGGUUCGAAGAAGGCAAAACAGCAGAUGGAGCAGCGUGAAAAAUUAAAAGUUAAUGUGGAAACCGUUACUGAACAGAUGCAGAAUGUAACACAAGACAUUUCUGAAGAAACUUUAGAUCUAUCUGCAUAUGACAAGACAAACUCUGACGAUUUCUAUGUACCACCUAUUGACAGAAAGGCUGAGAGUGUCAAUGGAGUGUACGACUUGAACAAAAUUUUAACCGAGGAACAGUUUGAAAAAAUAAUUUCUGAGCUGGAAGGAAAGGAAUAUCAAUCACAAAUGUUGCCUGUUGUAAAAAAUAUUAUCUCUAAAAAUACACUUUCACCAAAAUUAAAAGUUUUGGCUGUGUAUGCAAAUUCAUUGAUACAUUUAUAUAACUCUAUGGUAAAAGAAAUAAGUAGAAAAGGUUUUACUGCCUGUCCUUACUCUAUGACAUUAAAUACUAUAAUAAUGAAUGGAUUUAUGACAUCUUCAAAUGGAAGAAAAACAAGACCAGCUCCAUUUAAAGAUAAAUCAUUAUGUCAUGCUAUAGUAUUCUUAUUAUUGUUAAAUAAUUAUAAAAUUGAAUUAGAUACAUUGUGUGAAGCUGUAAAAAUAACACCGAGUACAGUAUCAAAUAAAGUCAGAGUCACUGGGGCUUCAGUUGUAACUACAAGCAAUAAGAAAAUUGUGCAGUUGAAACUGCCUUUAAAUAAAUCUAGCUUUAGGAGAAAAAGUACUAAAAUU